AUGUUUAGACCUCUCUUAGAAGUCUAAGCCAGAAGACAGAAUAUCUGCAUGCUAUUUUUUGUAAUCUAAUGGCAGUUUGGCUGAUAUAUUUUCAAAUAAAAGGCUAUAUAUAUAAAUUAUUUACACUAAAAAUUGUAAUGGAAUAUCCUGAAAAGUUACAAUUUCUCUCGAAUUAUUUUCUCAGCUCUCGGUGUGUAAUGAGCCACUGAUGAACUUUCUACCAUAUGAAAUUGAGAAUCAAAAGUCAUUUGGUUUACACUCAGUCUCAGGUGUAAAAACGGCAAACAAUUUGACAGGGUAAUGCGUAUCUGGAUAAUGAUUGAUUGGCCUGAUAAACAAACUAAAUAUAAUUAUGCUACUGAAAUUGUUAAGGUUACUUGUGAAAGCGCUUUGGCGUAUGCAAGACAACUGCAUGAAAAAUUGCGUUACAAGGAUAUUGUGAUGAAGAAGGACAAUUUGAUAUUUCUAACUCUCUUUCUAUCGGUCUGAACAAUCUUGAGUUGAUAUCGAAAGUAAUUCAAUGGAUUUUGUUACUUUUAAACAUACAAAUCCCGUCGUUGCCGAACAGCUCUACGCGAGGUAAUAGUAUUAGUCCACCUACACUUACUACUGUCAAUAUUAAUAGUAGUAUAACUGACAAGAGCAAAAGUAUUGAGAGCGAUGGUACCAGUAGCUGUGACAUUUCAAUCGAAAAGCAUAAAUCUACUGGUGAUGAAGAAGCGAAAAUUUCCUACCAGACAUUAGAAACCCUAAAACGCCUUCAGUAUAAUGGUUACAGUGAGGUUAUUCGUGUGUUAAAUCGCACAAUUUAUCGUAUGAAUGCUAAGAUGAGACCAGAGAUCAGAAAAAAUGUGUUUCAUUUGUGCUGGAGUUUGCGGUCAACUCCAGUUGACAAGGCUAUGCAUGAUUUAGUUGUGUACUUAGAAUCGAAUAUAAGAACACUAAAAGUCAAUGUGUCCAGCAAUUUAUUACAGCGCUGCUUAUUAUCUAUCUGGCAUGAGUGCUUAGAACAAUACAUAGAACAAACAGUUAAAGAAGCCGAAAUUGGAUCAGUUAAUGUUGGUGGACCAGGAGCAUAUUUGCAGUUGAAGCCAAAUUUUAGUUCAGUUGACAACUGUUCAACCGUAAUCCCCUUGUCUACGCAUGAGAUGCAUGAAAUCAUGUCUAAUUUACCAGCAGAUAUAGACAAAAAUCAAGUUUUUCGAGCUAAAUCUACGCUGGAGAGACUUAAAAAGUCUUUGGGCAUUCUACUUGACUUUUUCUACAAAAAUAGUGAUGAUCAGAUAGCUAAAAGAAGUUUAGAAACGGAAGAAUAUUAUAAUGUUAACUACUUGAUACAGUUAUAUAAUAGUAGUACUCCAGAAGUUGUUGAACAAUAUUUUAUUGAAAAACUCAAAGAACAGGAAUUAACCUGUUCUUCUUCAUAUGGAAAACUGACAGUUAAAAUUAAUUAUCAGCGUUCAAUAUUAUGUGUAGAUGUACAACGAGCUACAAAUCUGGUUCCACUUGACUCAAACGGUUUAUCGGAUCCAUUCAUAAUCGUGGAAUUAUUACCGAAACACUUAUUUUCGGAAACUCAAAAGCCUUUUCGAACAAGAAUUGUUAAGAAUACAGUCGAUCCCGUGUUUGAUGAGCGUUUUGAAUUUUCUGUUACCCCCGAGGAGUUACAACAUUCAGCUGCAUGUUUGGCUUUCAUUGUUAUGGACCAUGAUUUGAUAAUGUCAAAUGAUUUUGAAGGAUGCGUAUUUGUUCGACCUUCACUAACGAUAAAAUCACCAAGUGAGAGGGAAAUGAAUACAGAAAAUCCCAAACUUUCAUUUUCAACUCUCCGACAGCAGAACCGACCUCCUAGUGAAUAUAAACAACUGCAGAUAUGCCUGCCUUUAAUUCAUCCAGUUAGUAAAAAAUAUGGUGCAUUGGAUGUUUUGGGACAACGUUCUGAUGCUUAUGCCCAGGAGGUUUUUAAACGAUGGAAAGCUAUAGAAGACAGUGAAGUUAACAAAUAAUUCGAGCGAAGCAUUACAGUAAACAAAGUCCGAAAUAAUUACUGGCAUUUAAUUUGUUGCUGAGAAAUGAUUCGGAAAUGAAAUUUUUAGAAUCAACCAGACGGUGCAUUUUUGUUAACGCGGUUUUUCUUUUUUCCCGACUAUAAUAAUGUUAAUUUACCUUGAUAUACAUACAACGUUUGCAUUAAAGAAAAUUAUAAAAGCA